GGCUGCUACCAGAAAUCCAAUUACGGGGCGAAGUAGAACACAUGAAUGGUAUCGCAAACGAGGGAGGAGCUGACUGGAGCUGGGAGGAGCAAAACAUUGCGCGUAACAUAGACAAAAAUAAAUAUAUCAACGACACCCCGAUCCAGGCACCGAUGCUACCUCGCUCCGGGCAGGCGCAACGUGGGUGGACGUGGGGGACGCAAUGGGAUGUUUGACCACUUGUUUGAUGCAUCAAACAAAACAUCAGCCAAUAUGAACGGAGACCAUCAAUCAAAACGCGCGCGGAGCUUGCCUUAUUGCUCCGGACCUGUAAGUCAUCGCCCUCGCCAUCAACCUGUCCGCCGUAGUACGAGUCCCGCAGGUGACCGGUUCGGGGCGUCUGCGGCAUGUCCAGAUGCGCGUAGGAACGCACAGACGUGCUCCGGGAGAGGUAGCCUGCACCGGCAUCGAACGCGGGCUUCUCGGGGUCAGCGAAUGGAUUCUCGCUUGGCGGACCCUUGAUGCCAGCGAAGCCCGCUUCCAGAUAGUCGGGAUCCUGGAUGGGAAGUGUCGGCGUCGUGGGAGACUGGAGCGGCAUCCGGCUCCUUUUCCGUUGAAUGUGUUUGCGGCGAAAGAAGAGGAAAACGAACAGGAGAACAAGCAGUACGCCAACCAAGACGGCAACAAUCGCAGCAAUGAGCCCAGUCGAGAGGCCAGAGCCUGACAUCGUGUUUGGCGGACUGGGAGGAU